AUGAUCUCAGCGGCCUCUUCACGCGCUCAUACCGGCAUGAUGGACCCCAACAUGCUGCCUGUAAAGCGGGGGCCAGGGAGGCCACGAAAGGUGCAGCCCCCUCCCAUCGACCCUUCCGUGCCUCUGCAUCCCUGGGCAGCGGCGAUCAACCACAAAGUGCAGCAGCAAAGAGAUGGCAUGCUAGCAGCGGCUGCGUCGGCUGCUUCGCCUUCCACAUCAUAUCGACCUCCGCGAAGGUCACCAGUACAAGCACAGCAGUCAUCCUUGCAACAUCAGCAGCAGCUUCAACAACAGCAGCAACAACAACAGAUUCAACAGCAGCAACAGCUCGCAGCGAGCAGGCGCUCGCCGCAACCCGCGCCGGUCGCAGCAGCUCCGAUAUCAGCAUCGAGCUUCUAUGCUCAAGCGCAGCCGGCAUAUCAGGAUGACGUCGCGUAUGCCAGGGCGGCCCCGGUGCCAGUUGCCCCUUCAGAGUCAAAAGCUGCAAUGCCUGCACCAGCGUUGCCGAGGAAGAAGGUGCCGACGCGAGCGGAUCUGGACUUCUUACUUGGCGGGUCGGCCAGGGCAAGGGCGAGCUCAUCUGCACCGAAGGACGGAGCUGUGCAGGCGAGGAACGGGUCCAAGGCACCAAUGGCGGUCCAGUCCACAGCAGCAGCAUUCCGGCUCAGCGUCCCGUCGCAGGCGGCUGGACCAAGUAGAGCCUCGAUGUUGGCGCGAGAGGCGCACGCCGCCCAACCGAUACGUCCAACUUUGCAAGCAUCCGGGUCGAGAAUGUCCCUGGGCGAGGAGGCAGACACCAGCGGCGAGCUUCACGACGACGGACUCCCCCUUGGCGCCGAAGCAGUGAUGGAGUCGGACCACGAAACAUCGUUUGAGGCCGACAUCGAGGACGGCGACGCUCAAAACGAGAAGGAUGACCCGAACGACCGCGACUUCCGACUCUACGACCGGUCCACCUCAUCCAAGUCCAAACGCCUCCCUCGUCUCUCCGACAUGUCCGGGGACGCGGCUGCCGACGGCACCAUCAGCGUCGACCCCGCUGCACCUGUGAAGAGGAAGCGCGGUCGUCCGAGUCGCGCCAGUCUCUUGAGCGCAGCCGGCAAAGUUCCCGGCAGCGACAUUGUAAAAGUCAAAAAGAAACGCGGUCGUCCAGCCCAGGACAUCUACACACCCGAAGUCAUCGAGCAGAUGAGGGCGACCAACCUCGACCUCGACCUCGACCUCGCCGAGCACCAGCACAAGAUGCCCAAGAUCUCGGCGCUGCUCGAUCGGCAGACGCGCAAGUCGCUGCCGCCGGAGAUGCUCAAAGCGCUGCAUCGGGCGAGGAACACGCAGCUACAGCGGGAGAGGCGCGAUCGGAUGCGCAUGCAGAGGGCGAUGGACGCUGCUUCGUCCGGAGGCGGUGGGGGCGGGGGUGUGGUGAAGGAGGAGCCUACGGACAAGCUGUUCCCCGACGAGCCGGAGGAGGUACGGAAGAGAGGGAGGAAGAGCAAGCGCCGGGAGAGGGGCGAGGAGGAUCUGGAGACGGGGAGUGGAUCGGCAAUCCUCGAGAGAGCGAAAGGAAAAGUGUCCGAGUGGAUCAAGACCAUUUCGAGCGAGGCGGAGACGAGUGUCGAGCCGGACGACCUCAAUCAGCCCGAUGCAGAUGCGCGCAGUCGCAGCUCCGGGUUGAGACAUCGAGCCGACUCUCCUGCUAGCAGCACCAAGCAGAGGGGCAGCAAAGGUGCGACACCUCCAGCUGCCCCAGCGACGGCGACGGCGGUGGAUACGAACAUCGACCCGCGCCUGGUCGAGGGGGAGAACGACGACGAUCUGGUGCAGGGCUACUUUUCGCGCUUUGGCACGGUCACCGGUGCUGCGAACAAGGAUGUUGCUCGCACCAACGAGGUGGACACGGAUGGGAAGCAGAACGCCGAGGACAAGACUUACGAGGCAGGCAUCGUGGGUGACGAAUACUACUUUUCCAAUUAA